AUGGUCAAUCUCCAUUUCCUCAAUACCAUUCAAGCGCUGCAGCAAGUAAACUCCGCUCUGUUAUGCCAACUGUAUCCCAUGUGGGCUCCGAUUCUCACUGCUUAUCACAGCCAAAUCCCUAAUCAGCUGAGGAUCAAACUCGACUCAUGCGAGAAUCAGCCUUCGUUGUCGCCACCUCCUCUUUCCGACUGGCUGAAGAAAGUCCGUUACAAGAUCUCUCAGGUGGAAUUGCAAACUUCAGCUGCGUCCCCGUACUAUAACGUGUAG